UGGGUGGUGCUGUGGCUCUUCUAUGACGAGGGUCCAUUUGUGUACAUGUCUGUGGGGGGGCGGACGGUGGAGACUUCAGAGGGUCCUCUGGCGGAGCUCUGGAAGGAGUACGGGAAGGCGGACCGCCGCUGGCUGACCUCUGACCCCAACAUCGUCUCCAUAGAGAUCCUGACCGUGGUCCUGGACUCCCUGCUGGGUCUGGGUCUGAUCUACGCCGUGCUCCAAGACCAGUUCUACAGACACUUCCUGCAGGUGGCGCUGUGUGUGUGCGAGCUGUACGGUGGCUGGAUGACCUUCUGUCCUGAUUGGCUGAUAGGCAGUCCUCACCUGGACACGUCCCGCCCCCUCUACCUGUGGGUCUACCUGGUGUUCUUUAACGGGCUCUGGGUCCUGGUCCCGGUUCUGCUGCUGGUCCAGUCCUGGUUCAGUCUGAGGACUCUGCAUAUAGGGGACCGCGGGGAGAACAGAAAGAGGAAGUAGACACUGUUCUAUUAUCGAGAAUUACCAAUCGACCAAUCAGAAUCCAGUAUUCAAGCUGUGUAAUAAUCAACAUUAAACAACUCACCUCAUUAAACCU